UAGAGUUAGCUAAUAGCUUUAAAUACUGCUAGCUCGUUAGCAUGCUAACUAGCUAGCAUGCUAACCAGGUAACUGUCAAGUCAAAGUUAGCUAUUUUGCUGGUAAGCACCGCAGGCUGGAUAUAUAGUUUUGCAUUUCUUUUUCUUUACACUUAUAUUAACGUGCUUACUUAGGUAACAUAACAGUUCUUCCGGCAGAAGCUAUUGGAGGAGGUAAGGUGACCAUGGACAACAGAAAGAGGGCAGCGGCUUCUUCCAGCUCUGCCAGUUUGGUUUUCUGGUCCUCGUCCUUCCCACGGCAGCCAGCCAGGGUCCUGAUCGUGGAGGCACUGCCACCCUGGUGGUCAGAGACUUGUACGGUCCUUUGUGAUGCUCUGGACAACUUCUUGUCUCUGGCCUCUAGUCUGGAUGGGCCCUGUAGGAUACCGCUACUCAGCCUGUAUGCCAUCAGCAGGCAGCGGGAGUGUCUACUGCCAUUUGUGCAAGUUCGUGGCAACUUUGCAAGGCUGCAUUCCUGUGUUGAGGAGCUGAGGUCUAUUCCAAGUGAAGGCUGCAUCAGAGGAGCAGCCAGAGGAGCUGAUCUGCUGCGACAGGCAGUGCUGGACAGUCUGCAGCAGUUUAAACAGUACAUCAGACAUACCAGCGCUGGCAACAACAUCUCUGUGGAGGUCACUGUAGUGACCAGCCAGCCGGGCCGUGGCGUUGUUCGUCAAUUGGAGGUGGGGCUCAAAGAUGGCGACCUGGUUUCACUGAAGCGACUCCUCGUAGUGCAGAUCUACUGUGCAGGCGACUGGGUCCAAGACGCUCCAUCACCUGAAGCCACACCCACUGAGGCUGAAGACUCUCUGAUGUUGGGGACUGAGGUCGACCUGCAGCAGGUGGAGAACAGUGUGUUUGCCAUAGAGACUGUGUUCAAGGCAUGGCUUCAAGAACAGGGCGGAGACAGGGAGCACCUUCACCUCUUACUGCCGAGCCCCGUGGAUAAUCUCGUUCCAGUGUGUGUGAAGUGUGACAUGCAGGAGCGCAUGAUAAGCCCGGCCCUCAUCCCGCUGACCCCCAACCUGGGAGUGAAGACUGAGACCAUUCGGGACUUCCUGCCUGGCACUAAGGGCUCAGCCAAGCAAAGCCCGGCACUACAGACACUGAAAGCAAUCAAAGUUCUGCACGCAGACGGAGUGUGUGAGAGUGUGUUGUACGGCCUUCCACUGGUGAUCCGCCCAACCACCUGCUGGCAGCUGGACUGGGAUGAAAUGGAAACCAACCAGAACUUGUUCGACGCGCUCUGCCACACACUGAAGAGUCGUGACUUGUUCCUGCUGCUGCAGGUGGAGCCUGCUCAGAAGUCUGCAGCUGGAGGCUCAGGUGUGUAUUCCCACUAUAUCCUCCAGCCAUCCUCAUCUCUCUCCCUACUGCUGAAGCCUGUGGUCUCCAGAGAGUUGCUGCUGCCCUGCUCCCAGCUGUCCUCAUCCCAGGACCCUGCAUAUCAUGCCAUGCAGACUAUACAGAGCUGUCUCACUCAGCUGGACGAGGAGUUUGUUUUAAACCCUCUCUCACUGAGCAGUAACCUCUACCAGCACCUCAAGAGCCGAGGCCUGCUCUCACAGCCACGAUACCCAUACAGGCUCCAGUCACCACUAGAGGCCCCUAAAAGCACAGGCAGCAGACAGCCACGGCAGCUACAAAACCACGGUCGCCAACUGGGAAUGAACAGCAAGGUCAGGGCCACCGUGGCUCCGCUACCCUCUUCCUCCAUCUCCUUUUCCUCCUCCCUGGGACCUCCUCCUGCGAAGGCUUCCCGCCCAGCUCUGAGCUUCCUCAGCAGCGGCAGCAGCAGCCGGGCCCUGGCCCCUAACCGGCAGGAAGAAAAUGAUGAUGAUAAUAACUCUGUGCUAAUACAGUAAGAAUGCUGCAGGGUUGGUAGAAGAAAGUGGGCAAAGUACAUUCUUUACACACUUGGAAAUCCUGAUGUUCCACUUCAAAGGGGUUCCAGAGAUUAACAGUACAGCUUAGUCAGCAUCCCAGCACAAACAUACACACACAUUUGGCUAAUUGGUCUCCACUAUAAAGUUUGUGAGCAAUCAGGCAGCUCAUAAAGCCUUUAAAGAAGGGGGGGACAGGCUAAUUUACACGUAAAUGUACACAGGAGAUAGUGUGACAUGCUUGUGAACACACUUGCUCUGCGCUACACUCUGGGUGGUUCUUUUGACAUUUUCUUUCAUCUCUAUUUAUUCUCACCGCUCGAACAAUAUUAGCAAGAUCUGAAUUUAACAAGUCUCCGAUGCUGCAUUUGCAAGCGCACGUAUGUCUGUGCGAGUGUGAGAAAGGAAAGUUUCGACUCGCUACCAUGCGCAGAUUGCUGAAUUGGCAAAACGUCAAAAAUCACACGCCAUAAACAAUGAAAAAAAAAAAGCAGGAUAAAAGAUGAAGAGAAGGGAAACAGCAGGACAAUGGAAGCUUCAGUCAAAAAAAAAUGGAGGGAAGUAAUAAGAAGUGGCAAAAAAAAGAACAAAAAGUGGGUGGUGUGUGGGAGAUCAGAGGAAGAUUAAACGCUGAUGGAUGUAUAAAAAGCACUGUCUGUGCGCCAGAGCGCACACAGAAACACGCACAGUUAAAGUCAAAAGGAAACUAGCUACAAAACUACAAUUGAUGCUUAAUAAUCAGACAUACUGUAUGUGGCGUAUAAAGACUUAUAGCACACAUAUGCGCAUUCCUUCUUCCUGUUGCCCUUGUUGAACACAGCUUCACUGUUUUAAUGAGUCGGAGACAGAGAGGCCUCUCUGCUCGCCUUUACCCCUGCAGCCAGCUCUCUCUCUGAGGGUUGAAAGGCAGUGUGGGGGGGGGGGGGGGAAGAAAACUGAUAAAAAUCUCCAGUGUGUUCGCUGAAAAAGUGAAUAUGACAACUUUGCGUUAGAAAAAAAAAAUUCCAUUGUGUGUGUGUGUGUGUGUGUGUGUCAUGAUUUAAAGUUAGCACAUUAACUGCUCUUUCUGCACGCUGUCACAUUUACACUCGUUCUCAUAGUGAUUCACUUUCUUACGUUCGUUAGUUGUCCGUCGUCACUGUUGUGAAUUCAUUUCCUGUGAAUGAGCAUUGUCACACACACACACACACACACACACACACACACACACACACACACACACACACUCACACUCACAGGUUUAAUGAGUCUCCCGCCAUUCCACCCCCUUACUGAAUCUUAUAACAUUAGGCACAACCAAGUGGCCAGUGACUUCACGGCGUUGUGAUGUCACGUUACUUCCGCAUUCACAAAUUACAGCAACAACGAUGCUUUUGUCUCUGAAGAGAAUUCGCCCGGACCUUCAAAACGGGCCACUGACAUUUUCCCCACUUCCCCCUGUCUCUCUUUUUCUCCAUCCGUUCCCUCUUCGCUCUCCACUUUCUUCUUAAUCCUCGUGAGCUCUGAGAAGCUGACUCAACUGUAUGUGAAUUUCAUAAAUUUGUUCAGAUGGAACAACAGCAGCCUCUCUGUCCCCAGAGAGGUCGAAGGGUUAGAGCCAAAGCGCUUCUGUGUGACUUGCACAUUAUUAGGCACACUCUUCCCUAAAUGUCACAGCUGUUAGAGCUCGACGUGACAUGACAAAAGUUUGAUUGUUUGUUAAUUCACAGAAAGUUUAACUGGCGAGAAAGUGUCCCGCCUGUCAGGUGACUUUUCAGGUGUUGACCUUAAAGGACGAGUUCUCAGAAAAACGUUUGUAACGGCUCGUCUCACAGCGUCGAUUCGGUCGUGUUCCUGUUCAGCGUUCACUUUGGUUUGUUUGACCUGUUUUUAAGCGACUUCGCUGUCUGAGAAAGGAAACUGGCAUGCAUUCAUAUUUGUUGUUGUUUGCUGAUAUUGCAGUAGAUGAUUCUCUCUCUACAUAUAUAUAAAA